CAGUUUUUCUGGCGACAGAGGGCGGUAACACAACUGCAGAGAAAUGCGAGCAGAAGAAGAAGAAGAAGAAGAAGAAGAAGAAGGUGGUCCAGUCCAGUCACGUAACAGCAUAGACGGUUCACUUUGGAGUGUGCCAGAAAUGAGUUACACUUUCCACUUCCUGGUGUCGUGCAGCGACUUCUACCAUGGCCGUUUUCUGCUCGUCUUGUCUCGACACUCCCUGUUGCUCAGAACGCUCAGCUCCGGGCCUCAGAUCAGCCACAGUCUGCAAGAGAGCUACAGGCUUCUGCAACUGCCUGACCAGGGACACAGCAGUCCUGUGCAGGUGAAAGAGGCCUACUUGCGCCUAGCCAAGCUCUACCACCCGGACUCUGGGGCUCCGACUGCAGAUGCAGUGCUGUUUGCUCGGGUGGAGGAGGCCUACCGUGCUGUGCUUGCACAUCAGAGCAAGACCAAGCAACCUGAUGGAGGAAAGGAAGUGGAAGAUGAGGAGUCCAGAGGUACAGCAUUCCCACACAGACACUAUCUCAGCUAUGAGGGUGUGGGUUCAGGCACACCCAGCCAGCGUGAGCGUCAGUUCCGGCAGAUUCGUGUCGACCGGGCAUCCGAGCAGGUUUUGAACUACCGGCAGAGGGAGCUUGAGAGGGCAGCUGCUGCAGAGGGGGCGCUGGUGGAACGGGACAUGCGUCAGCGCAGCCGAAAGACCAAGAUCACCCAGGCUGUGGAACGGCUUGUGGAAGACCUGAUCCAAGAGUCCAUGGCCCGAGGAGACUUCAGGAACCUGAGUGGAGCUGGAAAGCCCCUCAACAAGUUUGAGCACAAUCCUUAUGCUGAUCCUAUGACCCACAACCUCAACCGUAUCCUCAUAGACAAUGGUUACCAGCCACCCUGGGUCAUCACACAACGCGACAUCCGAGAGACCACUGCUCAGAUCCGAAAUAGGUUAUUAGAGGGGAGGGCCAAGCUCAGUGACCCCAUGACCCCCAAAGAUCACAGCCAAUGGGAGCAGCUGUGUGCAUCUGUAGAGGAGGAGUUGGUGAAACUUAACAAGACGGUGGACAAUUACAACCUCAUUGUACCGAUGCUCAACAUGCAAAUGGUUCACUUCAGUUUGUCACGAGAGAUUGACCGCGCUGUGAAAGGAGCCCGCCAACACAGACUGGACCAGCAGAGAGAGAGCGAAAAGGAGAGAGAGAGGAGGAAGGAAGAGAAAAAAAGAGCCAACGCAGUAACUAAGCCUAAAAAUACCAAACAAGGCCUGAUGUCUUGGAUGAAGGAUUUGCUCAGAUUAAAACACGAAAACUCUGAAUCUAAGUGAACAGAAAAAUUAUUUGCGAUCAGUGGCUCAUUUGUUUUUUUCACAUAAAACAAUCAUUACAGUCCAUGGGGCAAUACUUCAGACAGACUUGUUCACCCGCUUAUUUCUGUGCACUCUUAAUCAGAGACAAUGGUGCCACAAAUCUUACUCUGUGUUACUACUGCUAUUGCAGGACUGUAAUCAGGUGUUAGUGGAAGAACAGUAUUGAGCAAUCAUGGUUGCGUGACUGUUAAGUGUGAGGAACUGCAUGUGUUGAUAAUGAAGAUUACAACAUGAGGCAAUUUUUAUAUUUGUUUCUGUGAAAUUACUGAUCUGAAAAUAUAAACCUAACACUGUAACUUUUGGUUGCUAUGUGACAUUAAAAGUUAAGUUAAUUAAAAUCUUGUGCUAUAAUAUUUCUGUGAGAGCAUUACAUUCUGUGAGAGCAUUACAUUUAUAUAUCUGGGAAAUGUUUAAAUAGCUGAAUUCUAGUCUGGCAGCUGCUUCAGUGUUGCAGGGUUGCAGAUGACGAUGGACUCCUUGCUGCUGGCUCCGUUACCGGCAGCUUCCCUGUGCAGAGCCUGAGCGACGGCCCUGGACGGAGUCAUCACCUUGGUCCAGUCGUGGGCAAUGUAUUGGUGGUAUGGAUCCUGAGAGCUCUCCAGCUUCUUGGAGCGAAUGUAGCUGAGCAUGAUGCCGAAUGUGAAGAAGCUGAACAUGCCAACCACCAGAAGGAUGUACAUCAUGCCCUCAGACUGAGCGUGGGGCCUGGCUCCAGCCAUGUGGUGCACAGCCUGCUGGGUAGUGUAGUUCUGAGGUAUCGGUGGAGACAGUAUACUUGUGCUGUUGAGGCAGUGCUGCAGGAAGGAGAGCAGGAGUGACUGCAGCUCGGUGGUGUUGAUGUGUGACAUGGCUGACCUCUGCUGGACGCUCAGCAAAUUGCAACUGAGGAGGAAGAAGAGAGUAAAAAAUAGUCAUCUCACAGGAAAGAUCAUCCCCAACUUUAUCUCUGCAGAAAAUAUGUUUUAUUUUGCUAUUGUAUUAUAGAAUGUAUUAUUAAUAUUAUUUUAUUUA